AUGAAUUUGAUGUUUCGGAAGAACUUCAGCACGGAGAAGACGGUAUCGGGGAGCAGUGGAGGGGGGAAAGCGAAGGGGGCGCUCGGCGCGGGCAGGAACGCCAAGCGUCGGGACCGGGAACGCUACUCUUGCAUGGAGGAGCACCACUAUCGAACCCACCUGUUCUUCUCAGCUCCCAGGGCCAGUACGCAGUAUAACGAUGGCUCAGAACGAUGUGGUCCAGUUAUUGGCGGCGGUACGGGCCCGGAGCCGGAACCCCCGCAGCCCCUCGUCACGAGGGAGCCAUCGGUGUCUCUCAUGCGGUGGGAGAAGCCCCCUGCGUCGGAGCGCCGCCGCACGGAACCGGUGUCUCUCGCUACCCUGGAGAGAGACUGCUUCGUGAUACCGGCACACGCUCUGGGCCGGUUCUUGCCUGAUGGUGUGCCACUGCCAGUCCCUCCACCGACACCAGAGAAGGGAAUGCAAACAAAAACAGCCCAAAACUCCCUCAGCGUCCUCGAAGUGGCUGAUCCAAAGCUUUGUAUAUUGGCGCAUCUGAUGAGUCCCUUAGAACCGAUAGAGCCUAUCCUAGAAUCUCCACUUGCCAAACCCCUAAUGAAGCAGAGAACUGCCGCUGCGGAGUUAUUGAACGACGUAGCCCACGCGAACACCGCUGUCGGCGGAAUGCUAUUAGCCAAUAUGGAAAAGAACGCUGAGUUCCCAUUCAUAUCAUACUAUGUGAUAAACACAACGCAAACGGACCCAUUGCUGUUUUAUAAUAAUAUGAGAAGUGCCUCGCUGUCGAAAUUCGAUCCAAAAACAAUUAGAUACUCUGCCGCCCACACUUUGGAUUUGUAUAGUGAAGUCGCUAUGAUAUGUCGACCUCCUUUUAACGACCUUGCUGGUGGACCAAAGAAAUCGCAUACCUCUACCACGGGCUUCAUCAUUAGUGUUUAUAAGGUAUUCGAAGGCGAUGACGGUGAGCGUUUCGAAAGAAACUGGCUUUACUGGACCGGGGCCAGGAUGCUGUACCGCCAUCUCCCACAUUCCGUGGGCAUGCGGAAGAUUGCCUUACACAAAUCAGUAGCGUCACAUGGCGAUAAAAUGUACCUUUUGGUCUGCGAGUGCGCCAACUUGCUGGACGACUUGUCCGGCGCUGCAAUGUUGAUAACGGCGUUGCGAGCAAGACUGUGCGGUUAUACAGGUCUUUACAGACCUAUACAGACUUUCUAGUAGAAGGUCAUGGCCCUUGAAGGGUCAACAAGGGUUAAAGUGACAAGCGUUUAACCAAAAUACCUCUUAUUUCGGUAAAAAACCAUAACACUUCAUAUGCAAUGUGCCAACUUGUUGGACUUUUUGUGGACGCCUAUGUACGAGUAUGUUAAUACAGCCUUGUGAGAAAGAUUACACAGAUACAUUAUUAAAAAGAUUAUGUGGUCUAUAAGACCUAUGCCAUUGAUGAUUAAAAGUAAAGGAAGAUUCUCAUUCUCUAUUUGUUUUAAAACAAGAAUUUAAAAAAAAUACGAAUAAAACUACACUGCGUCACUUAUCUUGCAAUUAACGCACCAAACCAAUACUCGUCCAGAGUAGUGGACUGUGGCCUUAACCCCUUCUCAAUGUGGCAGGACACCGUGCCCUGCAGUGGGCCGGUAAUGAUUUUAUAUGAUGACUUAAUUUGAGGGAGCAUGCAUUAGGAAAUUCGGAAGCCAGUGGUAUUCAGAAUUGAAUCAUAGUUAUAAAAUAAGAGUCAAAAAUGACAGAUAAGUAAAACAUUACAAGUUCUCAUGCUAAUUCUAGUUUAUGGAGGGUAGAGGUAAGGAGAGUCAUCUGUGUUUAUGAAAAAG